AUGCCAGGAGAAUCGACCCCUCGAAGACCUCUUCAUGAGCGCUCCGACUCCCAGUCCAAUGAGAAUGCGCGUACUUUGCGCCUGGUCCCCAACUCCCCGCAGUUGCUGGGACAGAAGGAUGAUAUAUUCUCCAGAACGCCCCUGCCAACCCACCCAUCCCAUAUCCUCUCGCCGGGGAAAGGGAAGGGUAAGGAGCACCAUGUCUUACAGUCCCCGUUUCACCAAUCCCUCGAAGCUCCGCCAUCAACUGGCUCCAGCGCCUCGUCUGUCGCGACAAAGAAUUCCCUGCUGCGGACCCCCCUGCAUGGCGGCGACUCUGCAACAGGAUCUCCCGUCUCGAGAGCGAGGCCAAAACCCGUUCCAAAGAAACGCCUACAGAUACACAAGGACAACAAGACUUUCUCUUUAGUCCCACUGAGUGAUGGUGAUCCGCAGCUCACAGAAGACGAACCCCAAACUCCCAGAUCACGGACCGUGUCUGCGAAGAGCUCAUACGACUUACUACCCUCGAAUAAUCGUAAUGUGGAAGCGCAACCCAAUUCCACCGUCUUAUACACCCCAGGUCCUCAUUCAAGGGCCUCGGCCACCCUUACUACCCCAACCCCGGGAUCCAAGCAAUCGGUAACUGCAGAUCCUAUAAGCAGCUCCCCCUGGAACUACCAGCUUGUCGGCGGUCUGCGCAAAGUUCCGCCGACUCCAGAUCUGAAGCACAAGGCCACCGACUUGUCGGACGUGCCACCCUUGCCAGAGACACUGGACGUAUCCACGUCUCGAUCCCACGAUCUCUCCACGAAACCCUCCUUUCAGUCCACCCAGACUGCCACCACGACAUCCGAGAACACCAACUACAAGGUUUAUCGUACCCUCUCUCGGUCCGCAUCUGAAGCUGCGCUUGCAUCGCCAUCCAGCAGCGAUUCGAAUUAUCAAGUCCUUGCAGACCCCUCUCCCGAUUCAUCCGUCGUUUACCGGCUCGAAACAUCUCCGUCAGAGAACGAAAACUACGAGCUUCACGGGGAUCCUUCCCCAGCGGCCUCCUACGCCAACCUUUCACGGGCAUCCCAGUAUUCCCAGGAAUCCUUGGUGGUCCCUCCCCUGAACCCAAGACCUGGGACAUCAAACCAAAAACUUGGGUAUUACAAGUCUAGGUCCAGGGAAUCACUUCGGACUGGAUCUUUGGCUUCAAUUUCUACUGUUCUCAGCCAGCAAGAGGCUUCUCAAGCUAUCGCGGGCAGUGGCGCGUUGAUCAAUUUACCUCCCCUGAAUCCGAAAUUAAAGGUGCUAAGUCCGUGGGCAGACCUAUCAGGAAUCCACCCACUGCGCUCCCACAUGAUCGAGCGUCCGCAUCAAUGGAGUUCGCAGCUGUCGACUGUGCCCUCGGUCUCAGAAGGUGGGACCGAUCGAGGAGGCUCUCGAUCGUGGUCAGACGAUAUUGGAAGGAGCAGCGGGUUGCCCAGUACUGCAAGCCGUCAUAGUCGCCAAAUGUUAAGCAUCAGCUCAUCUCUAGCCCAAGAGGACGCGGGGUCGGAUCACAUAGAGCCUCCCAAACCCGCUCACAUACGGAACGGACAGCACGAUUUUAGCAGCUCCUCGCUCGCGGUGUUAGAGGAUCAGGACGAAUACGGGGAUUCUAUCACUGAUAUGCGUGAAUUGCGGGCCCGGCCGUCAAGAAGACGACUUUCCGGAGUUCUCAGCAUCGCCUCCUCUGACAAUGGGCGCUCAAAUACGAUGCUCUCGACUGCAAGCUCUAGAGCCAAUAGCAUACUCUACAGUACAAUCCCUGCAUGGGCAAGACUCUACUACGGGAGCGGUGAAAGGCGUUAUCUGGGAGCCCUUGGGAGUUUGAGUUUUACUGAAAGCUCUGUUAGUCGUGCCAGUUCCUUUCGCGCCAGCUCUUUCCGUAGCGGUUCGCCCAAUACGGAUCAUUUCCCAGCGGUCAUAUAUAGCCCACGGAGACGCCCGCGAGAAACUAACCCUCGGGUUGGACCACCGAGUCGUGGCUCUUCCGAGAUCACGCCUGCACCACAGCUCGCAAGUAACGAGCGUUCAGUUAGUGUCCCCUGUCCAAGGCGAUACAGGACAUGGAGUAUGUCGAGUAUCUGGUCACCCCAUCUACGCCAUGAUCGAAGAGCUAUUCGACACAGUGUCUGGGUCCCUCCCUCUCUAAACUGGUCAACAGAGGGAAGCUGGUUUGGCAGACGAAAUAGACAGAUAGUAAUGUUUGUUGCAGGGUUUAUUUUUCCCUUUGCUUGGAUGAUUGCAGCUUUCCUACCCCUGCCUCUAAACCCGGCCUUGGAUAAGGAGCGGGGCCACGAUACCAGUAAUCUGGAAGAUGGCUCUAAUGAUAUAUCAAAUGACUACGCCCGUCAAUUUGGGCCUAUGGGCGAGGCUAGAUAUGAGAGCGCAAGGUGGUGGCGGAACAUAAACCGAUGGAUGUCGGUGGUGGGAAUUUCAAUUGUUAUCGUAGUGAAAGUCCAUCUCGAAGCGUUGAAUCCACCUGGCACAACUUGCGCCCACUGCGCCAGGGAACCGAGCUCCAAGAACUCAGGGUGGGAAAGUGACAUUGCGGUAACAGCGAGAUUGCAACUAGCAUACAGUAACCCAGGCUCUGAUGGCGGGAAGCAGUUCUUCGAUUGGGACCUCAGAACCGCUGUCUGCAGCGUUAAUCCUCCUAGAUAUUAA